UGCUAUCAUGCGCCCACUAUGAAAGCCGUGGUCGGGCACGGCUGUACCAAGCGUGGUCGCGCACGGCUGUACCAAGUUAGUCUAGCUUAAAGUGCUGUGAGCCUGUUUUGCUUCGCAUGAGACCAGUUUAAGUGCCUUACAACCAUGGCCCUGUCUCGUAGGAUCAUCGUUUCAUCAUUCCUGUUGUUGUUCGCGAUUCCCUCCCAAUCCCGGGAUUUGAUUUGUCCAACAUUCGAGGAACCUGGUGAAUGCCCAAGAGAUGACCAUGAGAGCAGCCUGUGUCAACCCGAGGGAAAAACUGGCUCUGCUUCCGGCUGCCCUCCAGGCUUAAUAUGUUGUAAUACCGGCUGUCAGUUUCUUGAUUGUGUGGUUCCAGAGGUGAACCCAAAUCCAACUCAACCUCAGAAGGUUAUGGCCACGGAGGACCUUGGAAACAAAAACGUAUCAGAUUUGAUUUGUCCAACAUUCGAGGAACCUGGUGAAUGCCCAAGAGAUGACCAUGAGAGCAGCCUGUGUCAACCCGAGGGAAAAACUGGCUCUGCUUCCGGCUGCCCUCCAGGCUUAAUAUGUUGUAAUACCGGCUGUCAGUUUCUUGAUUGUGUGGUUCCAGAGGUGAACCCAAAUCCAACUCAACCUCAGAAGGUUAUGGCCACGGAGGACCUUGGAAACAAAAACGUAUCAGGUAAAGACCAACGCUAUAACUUGUCUGUUGGAAGGAAAACUAACGUUAUAAACAUUACAUUACGUUACAAUCACUCCAAGGCCUUAUCAUAGUUGUUGAAGGCUAAA